CACAAGAGCUCUUCUGUGAUCUCUGGCGUACAACUACUGGGUGGCAAUUACCCUCGCUAGAAGGGAGACAAAGACAGCAUAAUUUGUUUUCUCUGUUGUGACUAAUAUAUCUGCUAAUAAUGCAUCCUGGUUCUCUCCUCCCGUUCUUUUGUGGGGAUGGUGCAUUCCUCUCUUACAGUGGUCUUUUGGGUCCCCCAUGUCCAUGCGGGGUGGGCCUGUGUGCGGUCCUGCCCUGCCAACUGUGUGUGCACCCAGGAGCGGAGCUGCUCUGUCCUCUGUGAUCGUGCUGGUCUGGGGCAGAUCCCUAGCCAGUUCCCUUGCGAAGCCUCUUCCAUCAACCUGGACAAAAACAGCAUCAAGUUCCUCUCUGAGAGGGCCUUCGGGACCUUGCCUUCCCUGAAAUCCCUGUCACUCAACCACAACAAUAUCUCCUUCAUCACCCCGGGGGCUUUCAAGGGGCUGCCCAGCUUGACCGAGCUGAAGAUGGCCCACAACGAGUACAUUCGCUAUCUCCACACACGGACUUUCACUGCCCUCAGACGGCUGGUCAAGCUGGACCUGGCGGACUGCAACCUUUUCAACAUCCCAGACAGGAUCUUCAUUGAGUUGCCUGCUCUGCAGGAGCUCUUCUGCUUCCAGAAUAACUUCCGGAGGAUCCCAGGAGCUAUCAGGGGCAUGGAGAACCUGACCCACGUUUACCUGGAGAGAAACAGGAUUGAAGCAGUAGCCUAUAACUCCCUGCAGGGCCUGACCAAACUGAAAUACCUGAACCUGCAGGACAACAGGAUAAAUGUCAUUCAUGAACGAGCUUUUCAGGGCUGCCAGAAGAUGGAGUACCUGUACCUGAAUGACAAUUGGCUCAGCGAGCUUCCAGAAAACUGCUUCAAUGGUCUGGGGUGCCUGAAGAUGCUCAACCUUGGAGGGAAUUUCCUCAGGAAUGUUUCCAACACCUGGUUUAGGGACUUGGGGGAGCUGGAGGUUCUCUACCUGGAUCGCAACAGGAUCAACUACAUUGAGGAAGGGGCUUUUGAAAACCUUACCAGUCUGGUUGCGUUGCACUUGAACAGCAACAACCUGACAACCCUGCCCUUUUCUGUCUUCGAGCCGGUGUACUUCCUGGGGCGACUGUACCUCUUCCGCAACCCCUGGCAUUGUGACUGCCGCAUCGAGUGGCUGAGGCAGUGGAUGGAGAACUACAGGCUUGUCAGGGAUAUUCCCUGUGCCUCCCCCUCCUCAGUAGCUGGGAUUGACCUGAUGGACGUUCUCUACGAGAGAUCAGCAGAAGGUUACUGUCUUGACCCAGUGGAGCUAAAUGUCACGUCUGAAGGCCCAACCCCAAGUGAAGAGCCUUGGUCUACCACAGAGAGCAAGUUCAACAGCCUUAUAUCUAAACUCUUGCUCCAGAUGGGCCUUCCUGAAGAGGUGACAAACACCACUGAAGUCUUCAGUAAUGCCACACAGCUGUAUGGACUGGUUGAUGGUGUUUCUUCUGGGGUGGGAGAGGACAGUAUUGAAGCUGCUUCCUCUUUUUACCUCCCAAUACUUUUUACAGUGGUUGUUUUGCAGAUUAACUAGUCUAAGGACUGCAUAGAGCAUGGGUCCUGACUGUUUAGUUCCUGUACCUUCCUAGUCAUUAAGGAAAAUUUUGUACUGUGGGCCUCAAAUAAAUAUCUGGCUCCAAACUCUUCUGGGCAGGCUGUUUGGAUCUGGCUCCAUAUUCCCCUGGGAGCUGGUGGGAUUCAGUUCAAGGCCAGAUCCCACACUGGGUGACAAACCUGUCCUGUGGGAUCUCAGAGACUCCCAGACACUCGCAGAGCUGUGUGAUAAAGUGGGCAAUGAAAGAGGAACAGUGAGGCUGAGUUUUGCUUAGGGAUGUGCAAUGUCCCCAGCUGGGAGCAAAGGGGUCUGUAGGGGUGGUGUUGUGGUGCUGUUUAUUCCCUUGGUCCAACUCAGCUGACCCAAGCAUUGACAUUAUGAGAGCAAGACGGUCGAGGCAGCAAACUGGGCCCUCUCUUCAUAUUGUGAUAGACACCCACCCCCAUGUCAGGUGCUGCUGAAGGCUGGAGAGCUAUUCCUGAUUUCCACCAGUGUGUGGGGGGAAGCAUCCAGAGAUGCAGCGUCCAGGGUUGCACCACUAGCCCUUGAGAACAGGACAACAGUGCCUGGGCAGGCCACCUGCCCCAGCUGGGUCUGGGCUGGGCAUAGUGCUUUGGCCAUGACCACAGACAGGAUAUUGAUCCUUUCUCCCUCUGCUGUCCUGGCACAGGUGCAGGAGAACCAGAUGGACCCAUGUUUGUCAAAACAUUCUUCUCUGAGGAAAAGAUAUUUAAACUUCACAGCUUACUUAUUAACGUUGGUUUAAUGUGUUGUUUUUUUUUUUUUUUAAUGAAUUUAUUGUUUCAAUGAACAUAUUGUUUUUAUUUGUAGAUUAUCUCAUGGCAUGACAGCAGGGCAGAAUAUGGUGACAACAAAUGCAGCCAGGACCUGCUAGAUAUUUUGUAUUUCCACAACUAAUGAGUACCACAUAGCCUGUCACAUUAUGCUGUACUAACCAACUCUUCUUUUCUAUGGCAUCUUGCAUGUUUUAUCUUUGAAAUCUUCAAUGAAAGCUGCUGAUAUGAUCAGAAAUAAUUACCAUGAUUUAUGUAUCAGAGCACAUGAAUAAAUAAUUUGAUAUUUUGCUCACAAAAAUAAAUUACUGGUCAAAACCCAUAUUGGUGUUGACAUUGGUGUUGAAGUACUGUGGUGGGUU